AUGUCUGACCCUAGAGAAUUGAUUGCAGAGGCAGAGAAACUCCUCAAACAACAACUGGGCUUUUUGCUGUUUAUCACCGGUUCCUCAUCCACACUUCGAAAAGAAGACGCCACCGACCUUUACAUCCAAGCAGCAAAUAGCUACCGUUUAAAGAAAGAUUUUAAUCAAGCGGGCACGCAAUUUGUCAAAGCGGCCGAGAUACAGCAAAGCUUGAAUAAUCACAAUGAUGCUGCCAACCAUUUGGUUGAAGCUUAUAAAUGCUUCAAGUCGACUUCACCCACAGACGCAAUCGAUGCUUUAUCACAAGCUAUCCAUAUCUUUUUAACUCAAAAUGGGCAAUUCAGAAGAGCUGCAAACUUUACAAUGGACCUUGCCGAGUUGUAUGAGGGUGUAGGGGACACUACUAAUGCCAUCAAAAGCUAUGAGCAGGCUGGAGACUAUUUCACAACCGAUCAUGCCGAAGCAUUAUCAAAUAAAGCAUUUCUAAAAUGUGCAGAUUUAUGUGCAUUGCACACAGAUUAUAAGAAGGCGAUAUCACUAUACGAUGUUGUAAUCAAAAACCUGUUAAAUAACUCAUUAACGAAAUGGAGUUUGAAAGAUUAUUUCUUCAAAGUUCUAUUGUGCGUCUUGUGCACCAACGAUCUUGUUGAAGUUGAAAAGAGAAUGGGCAAGUUUUCUGAAGAAGAUCCAAAUUGGUUUGAUUCAAGAGAAUGCAAAUUGGUCCAAGGGAUAAUCGAAAGCAUUAACAAUGGUGAUGUUGAAGAUUUCUCCGAUAAAGUAUUUGAGUUUGACAAGUUUAGUAAACUUGACAAACUCAAGACUCAGUUAUUAUUGACCAUCAAGACAUCCGUAGUCGAUAACGACGAGGUUGAUAUUUUGUAG